AUGGCGAACACCACAGACUGGGUGAAAAGUUUCCUGAGUCAACUGGAGGCGACUCUUUGUCCGCGUGGCCGAGAUGAGAUUGCAGUCUUGCAGCAUCGGCGGCUCGAAGAUAUGCAGCUGAGAAGAAUUCAGCCAGUGGGAGAUGGAUUUCCUCCAUGGGAUAAACAAUACUACGACCGGCUUGUGAAACAAGAAUUUGACAUUGACCAUCUGAAGAUUUCAGAGUUCUUCCCGUUGGAGCGAAUUGCAACAGGCAUGUUGGGUAUUUUUGCCUCUCUGCUUGGUCUUCGAUUUGACCCCAUCCCAGCAGAGAAUCUGACUGCGGGUGUAAUUUGGCACGAUACUGUGCAAGUGUACUCAGUAUGGGACGCAAGUGACGACAGAUUUAUUGGCUACCUCUAUCUCGACUUAUUAUGGCGCAAGUACAAGUACCGCGAAAACCAGUGUGUCAAUAUCCAAUGUGUACGUAUUUACACGCCCGCCUUUAUAUCUCGCUUCGCUGUUGCUAAGUAUGUCAAUGCAGGGCUAUACACGGCCAGAUGGAAGCAGACAAUGUCCGUCGACGAUUCUGAUGUGUUCGUUCCCGACUUCAACUCCCACGAGCUGCGCCUUGCUAAAGCAUAA